AUGACGAAUGAUAGUGACGCUACACCUUUGUUAUCCAUUCGACUUGCUCAUACAUUACGUGGUCAUACAUCAGAUGUUAAUUCUGUUAUUUUUUCACCUACACAUGCAGAUACACCAUUACUUGCAUCAUGUUCAUCUGAUAAAACAAUUCGAUUAUGGGACUUGACUUAUCUAACAUCAAAAGCAUUAACACGGCAUACAUAUCAAGUACACUGUCUUGCUUUUUCACCAAUUCUUGAUGAUAAUCAAGAUUCAACAACUAAAUAUAUGGCUUCAGUUUCUACGGAUGGAACUUGUCUUUUAUGGGAUUUAACUACUAAUAGUGUAUUAAAAGAAUAUAAGCAUGAUAGUGAUUCUCCUAUUCGUGUCUGUCAGUUUUCAUCGGAUGGAGUUUUAUUAGCAACAGCUGGUGAUGAUGAAUUAAUUAAUAUAUGGGAUAUAACUGCUUCAUCAUCACGACCACUUAAAACAUUAGCUGGUCAUUCUGGAUCAAUUGUUGCAUUAAGAUUUUUCUCAAAUUUACUUAUAUCUGGUUCAUUUUCUGGUGAUCUUAAAAUUUGGGUUAUUAAUUCUUCCUUUACUGGUCCUGUUCAUUUUGAACGUGAAGCACAUGAUUUAGGUGUAACAUGUAUAGAUAUUCAUGUUCCUUUUUCAACUGAAAAUCAUCAUCAUCAUCAUUCACUUCAUGUAAUAGCUUCUGGUGGUAAUGAUAAUAAUGUUAAAAUUUGGCAUUGUUCAUCAGCAAAACAAAAUUUAACAAAUAUAAGAACAUUAAAAAAACAUACUUGUGCUGUUAUGUGUGUAUCAUUUGGUAUAAAAGAUUAUUUAGCAAGUGGUUCUGGUGAUAAAACAAUUAUUAUAUGGAAUUAUGAUACAGGACAUUGCAUACAUCAAUUUGAGGCACAUGCACGCUAUGUAACAUGUUGCUCUUUUUCAUUAGAUGGUCAGUAUUUAGCAUCAGGUUCAAAUGAUCGAAUGGUAAAUAUAUGGAAAGUUGAUUAUAAGGAGAAUGAAAAUGAUAAUAAUGAAGAAAAACAUAAGAAAUCUAAAAAUCGAGAAUUAAAAUUAAACCCAAUUGAUCAAUGGACAAUUGAAAUGGUUCAACAAUGGCUUGAACAAUUUAAUAUAAAGACGAAUUUAAAUUUAACUGGAAAUGAUUUAUUAUUAAAAUCUGAUAAUGAAAUAUUAGCAUUAUUUAAUAAUAAUGUAAAAUUAUUAAAUGAACUUAGUGCAUUAAGACAUACACAUUUUGUGAAAAAAACUUCAACGAAAAAAACAAAUCAAAAUAUAAAAUCCGAUGAAAAUAAUGAAUCAGCAAUACCAAAUGAAUUUUUAUGUCCAAUAACACAUGAAUUAAUGGUAGAUCCAGUAUGUAUAUCCGAUGGUUAUACAUAUGAAAGAAAAGCUAUUGAAGAAUGGUUAGCAAACAAACAAACAAGUCCAAUGAUGAAUGUAUCGAUUAAGAAAACACAACUCUAUUCAAAUAAAGUUUUGAAAAUGUUAAUUGAUAAAUACAUGCAACAACAUUGA